CGGACCCUCCCGCGCCCCCUCUCGCUCUGCGUCUGCUUCAGCCUCUGCCUGGCCGCGGCCGCGGCCCGGGAAGCCGCUCAGUCGGCUCUUGCCCCUGUUCUUUGCCUCUCGUUUUGUUGGUGAAGAUAUCACAGUGAUGUCUGCAUUCAACCUGCUGCAUUUGGUGACAAAGAGCCAGCCAGUAGCCCUGCGAGCCUGUGGGCUUCCCUCAGGGUCAUGUAGGGAUAAAAAGAGCUGUAAGGUGGUCUUUUCCCAGCAGGAACUGAGGAAGCGGCUAACACCCCAGCAGUACCAUGUCACUCAGGAGAAAGGGACCGAAAGUGCCUUCGAAGGAGAAUAUACACAUCACAAAGAUCCUGGAAUGUAUAAAUGUGUUGUUUGUGGAACUCCAUUGUUCAAGUGCUGUGCCCAGUGCUGGGAACAUGAAGAUGGGCGAGACCUUGCAUGCACCCUGCUGGGCUUAGUGUCAGUGCCACAUGGUGUGGGGAUUGCCGUGCCAGGCCCACACUGUGGAGUAACUGAAGGCGAGCGAGGAGCUCUAAGAGGCGAAGGGGCCAGCAAGUUGCUGCCAGGAUUGAGGUCAGAAACCAAAUUUGACUCUGGUUCAGGUUGGCCUUCAUUCCACGAUGUGAUCAGUUCUGAUGCAGUCACAUUCACAGACGACUUUUCCUAUGGGAUGCACAGGGUGGAAACCAGCUGCUCUCAGUGCGGUGCUCACCUCGGGCACAUUUUUGACGACGGACCUCGUCCAACUGGCAAAAGAUACUGCAUAAACUCUGCGUCCUUGUCUUUCACACCUGCAGAGAUCAGCGGCGCCAGUGGGGACAGCGCAGGGGGCAGCCCGGCCCAGGGCGACAAGAUGGAGCUGUAGAGGAGUUGAUGGAAACAAGUGUACUUAAUGCACAGCUUAUUAAAACGAAUUCGAGAGCAUCUAUCUCAGAUAUAUUUUUUCAAAAAUAGAAGAGCAAUUUUAUGCUAUUGAUAUUUUUCUUCUUUUGCUUAAACAGAGGCCCUGGCCAUCAAUGCAUUUUGCUAUUGACUAGAUCGGGAACUGUUUGUAACUUUAGUGAACCUCAGAGGUAGCUUUGUGAAACUUCUUCACAAGCCACUUACGUAGCAUUUGGCAUUACUACAUAGCUUCUUUGGAUUUUUUUUCUCCUUGCUUAAUAGGCAAAAGGUGCUUGGUCUUCAGACAUGAAAAUCAAGAUCUCCUCUGCAGUGCGGAGACCAGGGCUCGGUGGGGGGGGUGGGGGCAGGGUGUUGAGACACACGGCCUGGAGGCAUUUGUGCAGAUCCACCUAAGAUAAGGGUGGAGUGAUGUCUUGUGAGACUUCUCAGCUUUGGUGGAAAGUUUGGGCUGAGGUCCUUUAUUCUCCCAAAAAGGGCGUGAAGGUCUAAAGUCUUUCCUUAUAUUAAAUUGUUGCCAGAUCUGAGGGGGCACACUGAGUGUUGUGGCAGAGAAGCAAACAUGACCUCAUUGGUUAGGCCUUUAUUUUAUUUUUAUUUUUCGUUGAAAACAUUGGAAUGUAAGAUAACCGUAAAAUGUUGAGCCCUGUUUUGUCCAAAGUUCACAAAGAAGAGCACCUGCCAUUGCCUUCUGUAAGUCUGUCCCUCCACACCUCAUACCAGCUGCGGCUGGAAGGGCAUUUUGGUGAAUUCACUGUGUAAAAUAAAAUACUGGGAACAACACACUUCAUCAAGGCAGCAGAAGUAAGAGAGAGCAGAGAAGGCUGAGGAGGAAGCCUGGGUACUAGAUGUCCAGUGCUCUGAAGAAGAGCAAGUAAGGAACGGAGCCCAGAGGGGAGGGCGGGGGACCUGUGCACAGGGCAAGGUGACCUCUGGAAGGACAUUGGGGCUUAAAAUAGAAACAGCCAGGAGCUCGCAUCCCACCCUUGACACUAAUCUGCUGUGUGAGGAGGGACAAGCUGUCUAGCCUCUCCAUGCCUAUUCUUUAUGUAUAAACACGACUUAGAAUAUUUGCAAAAUAAUUGACACUCUCAGGGGAAAAUUACUAUAUUGCAAUACAAUGAAGAUCAGUGUUGUAAAAUUAAACUGAUCUGGUUCUAAUUGCCUCAAAGGCCGAAGCCCAGGCAUUUGAAAUGGAAAGAAGCAGAGAGGAGGGUGACUUAGCUGAUUGGUAUGGAAACAGUUGGGCCAAGAGCCAGAAAUUUUUCUCUGUAGCAGUAUGGCUGGUUUUACUCUAAGAAGCUCCGCUCAGUUGCCAUAUAACAUUUAGUCUGGUGGGAUGGAUGUCAUUGUGCACCGUAAGGUUUCUACAGCUCUGAGCAGUGGUGAUAUAUGUUGGUACUGCGGCCGCCAGGCGUGAAGGUAUGGUUUAUGACUGAUAUAUAUUGUGUUUGUAGCCUUGAAUGCUAAUCCUGAAGUGUAAUUUUUAAAAAAUAAAUUUUUUGUAAAUCUU